GGUUUCAUAUCCGGGAAUCUUGGGCGACAAACCCACCGACAAAAUGGCGGCCCGGAACUGAACCCCCCGAAAAGGGGGAUAGAAAUUGAGGGGGGAGGGGACGAAGAGCCGGAGCCCUUUACGCCAAACGUGUAGCUGUCGCUGGGAAUCCCCGUCGUCGUCGUCACCUUCCUCCGGUGUGCUGGGCUAGAGGCGCUGUCAACACCGCCUUUUCCCCCCAGGCAGACUUGAAUGGAUGUAUGUACUACUGGAAUCAAGAUCAACUGUGUAUUUUGAGGUUGCCAUUCCACUGAUUACAGUGUUAAGUAUAUUGAAAAUCUUGGUUAGAAAUUAUACGAGUUCAUGAAGAGAAGCGAGAAACCAGAGGGAUAUAGACAAAUGAGGCCUAAAACAUUUCCUGCCAGUAAUUACACCACCAGCAGCCGGCAGAUGUUACAAGAAAUACGAGAGAGCCUUAGAAAUUUGCCUAAGCCUUCAGAUGCUACAAAAGUUGAACAAAAUAUGGGUAAAAUACCGACUGAAGAUCCCAGACAAGGUCGAAAUCCCCCUAAGUUUGUUACCUACCAUAAAGCUCUGCAAGAAAUUAGAAAUUCUCUACUUCCUUUUGCGAAUGAAACAAAUUCUUCAAUCAGAGGAACAUCAGAAGUUAAUCGUCAGAUGUUUCAAGAUCUGCAAGCUGCUGGAUUUGAUGAGGACAUGGUUGUGCAAGCUCUAAGACAAACCAAUAGCCGCAGCAUAGAAGCAGCCAUUGAAUUUAUAAGUAAAAUGAGUUAUCAAGAUUCUCGUCGAGAACAAAUGGCAGCAGCAGCAUCUAGACCCCUUACUGCUGGCCCCAAGCCCCCAGCAGGAGGAGCAGUACAGCAGUCAGUUAUCCGUAGACAAAGCUGGAAAGGUUCUAAAGAAUCUUUGGUUCCCCAGAGACACGCUUCUGCACUGGGAGAUGGCCUCACAUUUCAUUCAGAAAGCCCUAUUUCUCAGGGUGAAGUAGGAAGACCAUUAUCUGGAUCUGGAAUAGCUGCAUUUGCCCAGGCUCACCCUGGCAAUGGACAAAGAGUGAACCCACCACCUCCACCUCAAGUCAGAAGUGUUACUCCACCCCCACCCCCUCCCAGAGGAACACCUCCUCCUUCCUGGGAAGCAAAUUCUCAAACAAAACGGUAUUCGGGGAACAUGGAAUAUAUGAUAUCUCGUAUUUCUCCAGUGCCUCCAGGAACAUGGCAGGAUGGUUAUCCUCCCCAAACUAUGAAUUCAUCAUCUAUGAAUCCUUCUGUCCAGGGACAAAGAGGUAUUAGUUCAGUUCCUGUUGGUAGGCAACCAAUAAUCAUGCAAAGUUCAGUUAAUAGCAAAUUUAGUUUUUCAUCUGGAAGGAGUGGAAUACAAAACGGCAAUUGUCAGGCUGAAUAUAUCGUUCAUCAAAAUAUCAUGCCCGGUAACUCAGCAAGUCGCCAACCACCUCCUCCUUAUCCAAUAUCUCCAACAAGCCGACAAAGUCCUACCCUUUUGCAGAUGCAGACAGGAGGUCCUGCUCCCCUUUCAGCCUAUCCUAAUGGGAACAUUUCUCAAUCGAUGAUGGUGCCAAAUAGAAACAGCCAUAACCUAGAAUUAUAUAACAUAAACGUUCCGGGAAUUCCAACAACCUGGUCACAGUCAUCCUCUGGAAAUGGACAUGACAUCCCAGUAUGGCAAUCCAAUAUUCCAGUCAGGUCAAAUUCUUUCAAUAAUCAUGUCGGAAACAGACAAAACCAUGCUGCAAAUUCACAACCUUCUGCUACAACAAUUACAGCCGUUACUCCAGCUCCUAUACAGCAGCCAGUAAAAAGUAUGCGUGUAUUGAAACCAGAACUGCAAACUGCCUUAGCUCCUACUCACCCGUCUUGGAUUUCACAACCAAUGCAAGCUGUCCAGCCCCCCUCCUUUUCCGAGGGACCCUGUACAAUUGUGCCAGUCAUACCAUCUGCAGCGGAAGGUGGAAAUUAUCAAGGACCACCCCCUCCUUAUCCAAAGCAUUUAUUACAUCCAAAUCUAACUGCCACCCCAUAUGAAGCUAUAACAAAGCCUGGCAAAGAAGAUCAGCCUGGGUUCCCUAAGGAAGAGGAUGCUGAAAAGAAUGAGAACAGUGAGACAAUCGAUAGAGAAAAGAAGCAAAUAACAACUUCCCCUGUUCCUGUUAGGAAGAAUAAAAGAGACGAAGAAAGAAGGGAAUCCCGCAUUCAAAGCUAUUCUCCUCAAGCCUUUAAAUUUUUUAUGGAGCAGCAUGUUGAAAACAUACUCAAAUCUCAUCAACAGCGACUGCAUCGUAAGAAACAGCUUGAAAAUGAAAUGAUGAGGGUUGGGUUAUCCCAAGAGGCCCAAGAUCAAAUGAGGAAAAUGCUAUGCCAAAAGGAAUCCAACUACAUUCGUCUCAAAAGAGCCAAAAUGGAUAAAUCAAUGUUUGUUAAAAUUAAGACUCUUGGAAUUGGGGCAUUUGGAGAAGUCUGUUUGGCAAGAAAGGUCGAUACAAAUGCUUUAUAUGCAAAAAAAACUCUUAGAAAAAAGGACGUGCUUCUUCGAAACCAGGUGGCUCAUGUUAAAGCUGAAAGGGAUAUUCUUGCAGAAGCUGAUAAUGAGUGGGUAGUUCGUCUGUACUAUUCUUUCCAAGAUAAGGACAAUUUGUACUUUAUAAUGGACUAUAUUCCAGGAGGAGAUAUGAUGAGCUUGUUAAUUCGAAUGGGAGUCUUUCCCGAAAAUAUGGCCCGAUUCUACAUAGCCGAACUCACCUGUGCGGUUGAAAGUGUUCAUAAGAUGGGCUUCAUUCAUAGAGACAUAAAACCUGAUAACAUUUUGAUUGAUCGUGACGGCCAUAUCAAAUUGACAGACUUCGGACUUUGUACUGGCUUUCGGUGGACACACGAUUCCAAAUACUAUCAGAGUGGUGACCAUCCCCGUCAGGACAGCAUGGAUUUCAGUAAUGAAUGGGGAGAUCCAGCAAGCUGUAGAUGCGGAGAUAGACUAAAGCCUCUUGAACGUAGAGCAGCACGUCAACAUCAGCGCUGUCUAGCACAUUCACUUGUUGGGACACCAAAUUACAUUGCACCAGAAGUAUUAUUACGAACAGGAUAUACACAGCUAUGUGACUGGUGGAGUGUUGGAGUGAUUCUUUUUGAAAUGCUAGUAGGUCAACCUCCCUUCUUAGCACAAACACCAUUGGAAACGCAAAUGAAGGUUAUCAAUUGGAAAACAUCACUACACAUCCCACUGCAAGCAAAACUAACUCCAGAGGCAUCAGAUCUUAUUAUUAAGCUCUGUCGAGGACCAGAUGAUCGCUUAGGCAAGAAUGGUGCAGAUGAAAUAAAAGCACACCCAUUUUUUAAAUCUAUUGAUUUUUCAAGUGAUCUACGGCAGCAACCUGCUUUUUAUAUUCCUAAAAUUACCCAUCCCACCGAUACAUCAAAUUUUGAUCCAAUUGAUCCAGAUAAAUUAUGGAGUGAAGAUAAAGAAGGGAAUGUAAAUGACACGCUUAAUGGGUGGUAUAAAAAUGGCAAACAUCCUGAGCAUGCUUUUUAUGAAUUCACAUUUCGAAGGUUUUUUGAUGACAAUGGGUAUCCAUAUAGCUAUCCAAAGCCUAUUGAAUAUGAAUACACUAAUUCUUGUAGAUUAGAAUCACAGUCUGAUGAAGAUGAUGAGAGGACCAGUAGAGAGGUUCAAAAUCGUGACCUAGUUUACAUUUAAUAGAGAAGAUAAACCUUGUUUCUGAAUUUCUCAAUUCUAUUAUAUGAAAAAAAAUUGAGAUACUGUUAGAAAGCUGACUCUAGCUACUUGGAUUGGGGAAUGUUAAUUAUUCCAUUUUUCCCAUGUAAUUUUUUUCUCAUAACUAGCCCUUUUUCAUCAUUAAUUUAUUCCACCAUUUUUAGUGAUUAAUAUAGAAAAUAGUAAUAUUAGGAAAAAUAAAUUAUAAAUUUAACUUUUUGUAAACAAAAAAUAGUGAUUUCUUUUAGGAAAUGAGAUGCCUAUUUUUAUAUCAACCACAACCAUUACUUUCUUCCAGAUGUUUGCAGUCAUUGCCUGUCUUGCAUUAGCUAAUUCUUAGUAAACUCAUACUUUGUCUAGUUAGCCAUAUUAUUAAAUACAGUAUAUAUAAAGCAAAGAAGUAUAAAGUUAUUAGUUAUGAGUUCUGGCUGUAGAAUAAGGCUGUAAUCUAAAAUUCAUGAAAUGACUUAAGUUCAUUGAAAAUAGUAUCUUUUCAUUAAAUAUAAAAAAAUUGCACUUCAAACUAUUCUUACAAUAAACAAACUUUAUAUUGGAUUAUAAUUUUCAGUUUUGCAUACAGAUUGUUAUGCAAUGUCUGCUGCUUUCAAUAACUAAUAGAAAUGAAGUAGUAACGGUUUAAGACAAAAUUAAUGUUAAAUGUUUGAUUUUAAUUUUCUGUGAUUCUCAUCCUACAAAUUUUGACAAAAAUUAAAAAUGUUUGAACCCCCAUGAUAUUUAACUGCAAAAUCUGUUUUAAUAACUUUUUAUUUUACACGGUCUAGUAUUCCCAAAUUACUAGGUUGGAAUAAAUCCAGCCUAUAUUUAAUAGGGAUUAAAUAUAAUUUACAUCAUUGUUCUAUGCUGAAUCAACACCCCAAAAUUAAAGAAAAAAGUUGCAACAUCUGUAUCUUUUGCUAUUGCAGCUUUUUUCUCCUACUACUGGCAAUACAAAAUAUUCUGCUUUUUAUCUAUAAAUAUAUAGCAUAGCACUGUGUAAAUAUUUCAAGCUCCCUGUGCUAGUACUGUAUUCCUGUAUUUGAAGAAUUUCCAAGCACCACAUUUUGUGCUUCCCAAUGUCAUACAUUAAAAUAUGUAGCUAGUGGUCUUUUUUUAAGAAAAAAGUUUAAAAAAUAGUUCUCUUUUUCCAACCAGUUAUUUAUUGUUUAUUAUAUUUAUGCUGGGUAUUUCAUUUAAAAGAAGAGUGGCUUACAAGUAACUACUCAGUAACAUUUUAUCUGGCCUGUUUUUCAGGCCAAACACUAGUUUCAGUAAUAGAAGUACAACUUGCCCCUUUGCAGCAAUGUCUAUUACUUACCUUUGAUUCUCUUUUGAGCAGAUGAAUACAUCAGUAGACCUUAGACAAAUGAAAAAUGCCUGUCUUCAAAAAAUGUUUUCCAACAUAUCUCCUAUUUCAGGUCUGAUCUAUAUUUCAGCCUUGUACUUCUUACACGAAUGAGUAUAGUAAACACUUUUCUCAAUUUGUAGAGUCAGCCCUCCUAGUCACACACCAUUCUGCAGACAAUCACAUUAUCCUGCUCCAAGCUACCCACCAAAACAAUAGGUUCUAUGUAUGGAGCCAGAGUGCAGACAAUGCAGUGUACAGUUAUAAUUUUUGAGAUUUGUUUGCUUUGUAAAAUAACUCAUAGUUUAAAGAGGAUUUACGUUGGUUUAAUAUUUAGGAUUUCCAGUUAAACUGGCAAAUUAUUAUUAUUAUAUUUGUCUUUCAAUGAAAUAUAAUAUAUUCCUGGUUAAAACCAGAUAAAUCUAAUCUGCUAUUGGGAUACUGUUCUCUUACAUUCCAUCCUAGGGCAGGCCCUUUUCCUGGAGCUUUUCUACCAUAUUUGUAGCAGAAGCAAUAGAAGAUAUGAUUGAAGUUAAUUUGAAACUUAAAAGCAAGUCUGCAUUUCAGUGUGCAAAGCUGUGAUGGAAAAUAUGUUCAUGGGACAUUGUUGAUACAUCUAGAUAACGCAAUGUAACUGGAAUAAUAGAUGUGGCUGUUAUCCCAAAGUACCAUUAAAUUCUCUCUGCAAUACAUGUUUUUUGAAAUGAAACAUUUGUUGUAACGUAAUAUUUGAAUCUAAUAGUGAAUGGAGUGCCUUCCUCUGAAAGGUGCUGUUCAAAAUUUUUAUAUUGCAUUUUUAUAUAUGCUUUUUAUACUAUAAAUACUCUGCUGAUAAAACAAAAAUUUUAUUUUUAGAAAAAUAGUGUCUUGGCAUACUGUAUACAUGCAUCAACUUUGCAAAUUUCUGCUUGUAAUAUCUGAUAGUAGAUUAAAUUUCUGGAGUGUUGUACAGAUAUAUUUAUGUUUUGAAAUCAGUUUUCUUUAGUGUAUCAUAUGUUAGGUUAAUAAAAUUUAAAUUCAGUGACUUAAUUUGAUCUAAUUUAUAAUGUUAAAAAAUAUGAGUGUUUGAUCUUCUGUAAUAAUAGGGAAUACAAAAUUCUUAUUAAUUUCAACAGUAUUGACUCUUUCAUCUGCAAUCAUGAGGAAUUCUCAUCUAUUUUUCCUGAAAAUUGACUAAAUUUGGAUAUAACUAAACUCUGGAUAAAGACAGAUUUCUGGUGUUAAUAGAAAUGUUUUUUAUAAUCUCUUUAGAUCAUACACGUGUGAUCUGCACAUAAGUACAAAUUAAACAAUAAUUUUAAAUCUGAGCAGACUUGACAGGAGUCUGCCCCCGUCUUCACCAUACAUGUAAAAUGUCAUGAUUGCUGCUUAAAUUACUUUUCAACUACUGUAAUUGAACUCAGCAACAUAAGAAUUUUGAGCCUAACUUUAUUUUCUUUAUACCGCUUCAUGACUUCUUAUUGUAUCUUGCUUCUAGUCAGUUUACAAUCUCAAAAGUAACUGUUUCUUUUAACCGCUCAGAUUCUACAAAUAAAUUAGACUGACACUUUUCACUAAGAGGAAGGGUAGCACUCCCUCUGAAAGUCAUUUAUUUAUUUUGCAGUCUUCUCAUUCUUUAUUACUGCCAGCCAUGAUUGGGCAUAAUAGGAUGACUGGUAUUUUUAUAUAUCAUAUGGGUCUCAAUUUCUUGUUUUGAUCCUGAAGUUGUUUUAGCUAAUAUUUUCACAGUAACAGAUUGUUAUAAAUUUAAUAGAUUCAAGUAACUGUUAUGUAGUUCAGACACUCCAUGUAUCUGCAGUGAAUAACAUGUUCUUAAGAAAGUUCUUAAGUUCAGUGCAAGAAAAGAAAGCGGGGGGGGGGAAUCUAGGUGACUCUCCCAAUUAUCACCCAUGAAUCUACCAGCUGUUGGCUAAUCAACUGAAAUGGUACCAAUCAUCCCUUCCUCUUACAUUAAUAUUCUUAAUGUUGCAUAGAGAAGAUCAAAUGUGGUUCAACUUUGAGGCUUUGUUUUAUUUAACAAAUAUUAUAUAGACAAGUUACAGACAAUUGAUAGUGCCAUUAUUAAUUCAUCAUCAUAAGCUCUUCAGUGUUCUAAGUUGGUUCCAGUACUUCAUAAGUGCAGAUUUAGCUGAGGUAUUUCUGAUUUAGGUUACAACUAUUUUCUCCUCAGAACUGAGACUAAAAAUGGAGAAGCUUUGGUCUGUGGACACAGCCACUGUUUUCAUAAAGCAAACAGAAAUAGAAGGUAAAGCAGGUAUUGCUUUGAUAACAAUAAUUAGACCUUGUCUCUCGCACUCAACUACAUAUGUCUGUUUUUAUUUUCUUACUGCAGUCUUGUAUAAAAUGGAAUGGUCAUUAGAUUACUAUUUUGCCAUAGAUACAGAUUUUCUGUUUUAAUGUUUCUUCUUCAUAUUUGUAUUGCUUCUCAUUUUUUAACUGUUCUUUGUAAAUUUUAAAAAUAAAGUAAACCUGGAAAGCAGGUAUGUACAUCUGAA